AUGCCCUUCAAGGGCUUGAGCAAGCAUGUGGAGGACAUAGAAGCGUUGAUGAAGAGUUCGCCGGAAACGCAGGUGAUUAUUGACCACUGGGGGUUCUUCUUGCAGCCUGCCACCGGCUUCGGCGAGAGGAGUUUGGACGAUGCCAGCUGGACUGCUCUCCUGAAGCUGAAAGACUACCCGCAGGUCCACGUGAAGAUCUCCGCACUUUUCCGCGUGUCUACGGAGACGAGCCCCUUCCCAGAGCUUUCGGAGCGUUUGAAGCAGCUUUUGUCGACGUUCGGCUCUGCUCGACUGCUGUGGGGAUCUGACUUCCCGUAUGCCACGGAGCACUCCACAUAUUCAGAGGCGGUUAUGGCUCCGGAAGCCUGGCCAGUGUGGGCCGAGAUGUCUGAGGAGGACCGCACUAACUUGGUGCACGACACAGCGGCUCGUCUCUACGGUCUGCCGCUGGCGCGCAGUGAACGGGAGCUCUAG